AUGGGAAUGAAGAAGUUGAGUCCACGGUAUUUGGGACCAUAUCUUAUAUUGGAUAGGAUUGGAGAAUCGACGUAUCGAUUGGCGUUGCCGCCUAAUUUGUCGGGAAUGCAUGACGUCUUCCAUGUGUGUCAGUUGAGAAGAUACAUCUCUGAUCUAUCCCAUGUACUACAGCCAGAAGAAGCAGAGUUAGAGAAAAACCUGACGUACACUGUACAACCAUUUCAAAUUCUCGAGAGGUCAGUCAAACAACUCUGUUCCAAGGAGAUACCAUUGGUGAAAGUACUAUGGAAUAAUAAAUCUGCGUAUGAAGCCACUUGGGAGCGUGAAGAAGACAUUCAGAAUCGCUACCCGGAACUUUUUGAUUGA